UCUCAACAAAAAGUGUCGCCGUUAUCAAUUUUACAACGGCUCGGUGAACAUUUAUACAAUGAGUCAGCAUUUUUUCACCAGUAUACACAAUUUCACAAGUUGGCGUUAUUACAAGACGUUCUUUACAACUGAAAUUAUUAAUAUUGAAAUAUCUCUAGAAAAUGCAGAUCUUCGUGAAGACCUUGACCGGCAAGACAAUUACAUUGGAGGUGGAACCUUCGGAUACAAUUGAAAAUGUAAAAGCUAAAAUUCAGGACAAGGAAGGCAUUCCUCCAGACCAACAGCGUUUAAUUUUCGCCGGAAAACAAUUGGAAGAUGGUCGUACCUUAUCUGAUUACAACAUUCAAAAGGAGUCAACUUUGCAUUUGGUCCUGCGUCUCCGUGGUGGAAUGCAAAUUUUCGUCAAGACUUUGACAGGUAAAACUAUUACCUUGGAAGUAGAGCCAUCAGAUACCAUAGAAAAUGUCAAGGCAAAAAUCCAAGAUAAGGAAGGUAUUCCCCCAGACCAGCAGCGUUUGAUUUUCGCUGGCAAACAAUUAGAAGAUGGCCGCACCUUAUCUGAUUACAAUAUUCAAAAGGAGUCAACUUUGCAUUUGGUUCUCCGUCUUCGUGGUGGAAUGCAAAUUUUCGUCAAGACUUUGACUGGAAAGACCAUCACUUUGGAAGUGGAGCCAUCAGAUACCAUAGAAAAUGUCAAGGCCAAAAUCCAGGAUAAAGAAGGAAUUCCCCCAGACCAGCAGCGUUUGAUUUUCGCUGGCAAACAGCUAGAAGAUGGUCGUACCUUAUCCGAUUACAAUAUUCAAAAGGAGUCAACUUUGCAUUUGGUUCUACGUCUUCGUGGUGGAAUGCAAAUUUUCGUUAAAACAUUGACUGGAAAGACCAUCACUUUGGAAGUGGAGCCAUCAGAUACCAUAGAAAAUGUCAAGGCCAAAAUCCAAGAUAAGGAAGGUAUUCCCCCAGACCAGCAGCGUUUGAUUUUCGCUGGAAAACAAUUAGAAGAUGGCCGCACCUUAUCCGAUUACAAUAUUCAGAAGGAAUCAACUCUGCAUUUGGUCCUACGUCUUCGUGGUGGAAUGCAAAUUUUCGUUAAGACUUUGACAGGUAAAACUAUUACCUUGGAAGUAGAGCCUUCAGAUACCAUUGAAAAUGUCAAGGCCAAAAUCCAAGAUAAGGAAGGUAUUCCCCCAGACCAGCAGCGUUUGAUUUUCGCUGGCAAACAAUUAGAAGAUGGCCGCACCUUAUCCGAUUACAAUAUUCAAAAGGAGUCAACUUUGCAUUUGGUUCUACGUCUCCGUGGAGGAAUGCAAAUUUUCGUCAAGACUUUGACUGGAAAGACCAUCACUUUGGAAGUGGAGCCCUCAGAUACCAUAGAAAAUGUUAAGGCCAAGAUCCAAGAUAAGGAAGGUAUUCCCCCUGACCAGCAGCGUUUGAUUUUCGCUGGCAAACAGCUAGAAGAUGGUCGUACGUUGUCGGAUUAUAAUAUCCAAAAGGAGUCAACUUUGCAUUUGGUCCUACGUCUUCGUGGAGGAAUGCAAAUUUUCGUCAAGACUUUGACUGGAAAGACCAUCACUUUGGAAGUGGAGCCUUCGGAUACAAUUGAAAAUGUCAAGGCCAAAAUCCAGGAUAAGGAAGGAAUUCCCCCAGACCAGCAGCGUUUGAUUUUCGCUGGCAAACAGCUAGAAGAUGGUCGUACCUUAUCUGAUUACAACAUUCAGAAGGAGUCAACUUUGCAUUUGGUCCUACGUCUUCGUGGUGGAAUGCAAAUAUUCGUUAAGACAUUGACAGGAAAGACGAUCACUUUGGAAGUGGAGCCUUCAGAUACCAUUGAAAAUGUUAAGGCCAAAAUCCAAGAUAAGGAAGGAAUUCCCCCAGACCAGCAGCGUUUGAUUUUCGCUGGCAAACAGCUAGAAGAUGGUCGUACCUUAUCUGAUUACAACAUUCAGAAGGAGUCAACUUUGCAUUUGGUCCUACGUCUUCGUGGUGGAAUGCAAAUUUUCGUUAAGACUUUGACAGGAAAAACCAUCACUUUGGAAGUGGAGCCUUCAGAUACCAUUGAAAAUGUUAAGGCCAAAAUCCAAGAUAAGGAAGGAAUUCCCCCAGACCAGCAGCGUUUGAUUUUCGCUGGCAAACAGCUAGAAGAUGGUCGUACCUUAUCUGAUUACAACAUUCAGAAGGAGUCAACUUUGCAUUUGGUCCUACGUCUUCGUGGUGGAAUGCAAAUAUUCGUUAAGACAUUGACAGGAAAGACGAUCACUUUGGAAGUGGAGCCUUCAGAUACCAUUGAAAAUGUUAAGGCCAAAAUCCAAGAUAAGGAAGGAAUUCCCCCAGACCAGCAGCGUUUGAUUUUCGCUGGCAAACAGCUAGAAGAUGGUCGUACCUUAUCUGAUUACAACAUUCAGAAGGAGUCAACUUUGCAUUUGGUCCUGCGUCUCCGUGGUGGAAUGCAAAUUUUCGUCAAGACUUUGACAGGUAAAACUAUUACCUUGGAAGUUGAGCCAUCAGAUACCAUAGAAAAUGUCAAGGCCAAAAUCCAGGAUAAGGAAGGUAUUCCCCCAGACCAACAGCGUUUGAUUUUCGCUGGCAAACAAUUAGAAGAUGGCCGCACCUUGUCCGAUUACAAUAUUCAAAAGGAAUCGACCCUACAUCUUGUACUUCGUCUUCGCGGAGGCUCAUUCUAAAUUCUCUAUCAAUGAAAAUCCAAAUAAAAUGUCUAUAAUUUUCCGUUCUGAUGAUUACUAGAGAUUGAACAUUUGUAUUAUCAACCAUUUGGAUUUCAAUAAAUUUAAAUAUUUCCACACUUAAAGAAA